UUGAAUUUGAAACUAGAGUAUACCGCCAGCCGCUGAGAGAGGCGGAGUCAGCACUGUAUAGAAAACAAGGAACUGUGUGGAGUCUACUGAUUUACCUGUUCAACCUGCACUCGUGACAGUCAAACAGUCCUUUGGUCAUGGCCCUGGCUGGAGUGAGGGUCAUCGAGCUGGCGGGUCUGGCCCCGGCGCCGUUCUGCGGCAUGAUUUUGGCCGACUUUGGAGCCAAGGUGAUCCGUGUGGACCGGACCAAGGUUGCCAUGUCUUUGGACACACAGGGGCGAGGGAAACAAUCUGUGUCUAUUAACCUGAAGUCAUCAGAGGGUGUAGCUGUGCUCAGGAAACUCUGCGUCCAGUCUGACGUGGUCCUUGAGCCCUACCGUAAAGGUGUGAUGGAGAAGCUGGGCCUUGGCCCUCAUGAGCUGUUAAAGGAAAAUCCCCGCCUGAUCUAUGCUCGGUUGACGGGGUACGGUCAGAGUGGAUGCUACGCCUCCGCUGCUGGGCAUGACAUCAACUACCUUGCCAUGUCAGGCCUUUUAUCCCGGCUGGGUCGCACUGAUGAGAAGCCCUUCGCUCCACUGAACCUUGUGGCAGACUUUGCGGGUGGUGGUCUCACCUGUGCUCUGGGGAUUGUCAUGGCGCUGCUGGAGAGGACAAAGUCAGGGAAAGGACAGAUCAUUGAUGCUAGUAUGGUUGAAGGAGCAGCAUAUGUUGGCUCAUUCGUUUGGAAGUCUCGCAGCAUUGGCAUGUGGGACCGCUCAAGAGGACAAAACAUGUUGGACAGCGGAGCGCCAUUCUACGACACAUACCAGACCUCAGACGGAGAGUACAUGGCUGUGGGAGCCAUAGAACCGCAGUUCUACAGUCAACUACUCAAGGGCUUAAAGCUGGACGCUGGAGAGUUGCCCCCUCAGAUGAGCUUCGAUGAUUGGCCGGAGCUGAGACGGAUCUUCACUGAGCGUUUCGCUUCAAAGUCCAAGGCGGAAUGGUUGGAGAUUUUUGAUGGAACUGAUGCCUGUGUGACACCUGUGUUGUCUUUUGAACAAGUGAGCUCACACCCACAUAACAAGGACAGGGCCUCUUUCAUCGAGGACUUAAGCGGUGCUGAAAGCCCCCGACCGGCUCCGGUUCUCUCUCGGACUCCUGCUGAGCCGUGCCUCGCCUCUGAUCCUGCUAUUGGGGAACACACUGUGGAGGUCCUUGAUGAAUAUGGUUUCACAUCAGCCGAGAUUAACCAGAUGCGAGCAGCAGGGGUUGUAGAGUGUAACACUGUCAAAGCAAAGCUGUAAUGUCAAAAGCUUUUAUUUUAAGUGCUUCCGUUGAUGCACCAAAACUAAAAUGAUAAUUUAUAAAAUGAAUUAGAUGAAAAUUACUUCUCAGUGAUUUGAAGUUUGAUCCACUACUUAAAUGUCUUCAGAAAUCAAAAUAGAAACUGAAGACAUUGAGAUUUUCUUUUCAUCCAAAACAAAUUCAUACCGAAAGGCUAUAAAAAAAAAAAAAAAAGGGAGAACAGGAAAUACUCCUCUAUCCUAACCAUUUGCAUGAUUUCCUCUUUUCUUUGAAACAUGAUGGAACGUGCUAAAAGUUUACCACCCAUUCAAGUUUAGGGGAGUCUUUUAUGGUCACAGUGAGAGGCCUGCCUGUGCACUCUCUUAUGCCUGGUACAAAAAUUGAGUGUAGUCUGAAUUACUCAUUUCUCCAUCGGCAUACACUGUACGGGGGGUGAAUUUUUUCAUAACGCAUCAGUUUCUAAGAUAUUAAGAUUAAGAGUUUUCCAUUAUGAGAGGCACAGCUAACUUGAUUGACAGGCGGGAACACUGUAGCCGUUAGCAGGGAGGCUCAAAGCCCGCCUCUUUACCUCACACUAGCUUGACAGAAGUUAGGUUGAGUUCAGCAUUUCCAAUAUGGCUUCCGCCAAUGAUUGGCUUCAAAACAGCGCUUCAAAAACAGAUAGGUGAAGUCAUGGAUACUACAUCCAUUUAAUUAUACAGUCUAUGGAGCUGACAUAUUAGGCUGGUGACGUAUUUUAAAGAUGCACAUCAGAGAUUGGGCUGGUGGGGGUGUGUGAUUAAGGUCACCCCCCUUCUGCAAAACAAACAAACGUUAAACUUACUGAUAAAACAUCAAAGAUCUGUAUGGGAGGGGGAAAAGAUUCUUGUGUUGAUUUGAAGUGGACACUCAUGGCCGUGUAAAGUUCAUUACUCUUGUUUUGGUCAUGUUCUCCUGGGUCAUUUGUCCUUUAUUCUGCUGAUGUAGUAAAGAACGCUUCAGGAGCUUGCAUUUCUUUA